GGCCCAAGAAUCAACAGUGGCUAACUUGCCAUCCUUCUCUAUGCCAUUAACACCACUCUAAUAAAUUUCAAUGGCCAACUUAUUCACUCUUUCUUCCCCUUCCACUACUGCAACAUUCUACCGCCAAAUUUCACACCCAAUUUUUAGAAACCCGUCAUUUUUUGAGCAAUCCCAUUAUAGUGCUAGAUUUUCCCAUUCUGUGAGAGUAAAAUCAGCUAGCUCGGCUAUGGCUGCUGCUGAUACUACUAAGACUAAAGUUGUUCCUGCCAUUAUUGUUGGGGGUGGAAGAGUUGGGAAAGCACUUGAAGACAUGGGUAAUGGUGAUGAUUUGUUGAUUAAAAGAGGUGAAUCUGUGCCACUUGAUUUUCCUGGACCUAUUUUGGUUUGUACUAGAAAUGAUGAUCUUGAGGCUGUUCUUCAAGUCACUCCUCAAGCUCGUUGGAGCGAUUUGGUCUUUUUCCAGAAUGGGAUGCUGGAACCCUGGUUUCGCGAGAAAGGUCUUGGUGAUCCUGACCAAGUUUUGGCAUAUUUUGCGGUGUCAAAGCUUGGAGAGCCACCAAUUGAUGGUAAGACAGACACUAAUCCAGAAGGUCUGACAGCAGCAUUUGGCAAAUGGGGUUCUGCUAUAGCGGAAAGAUUGCUUGUUGGAGGCCUUUCUUGUAAGGUACUUGAUAAGGAAGCAUUUCAGAAGCAGAUGUUAGAGAAACUGAUUUGGAUUGCAGCAUUCAUGCUUGUUGGAGCCCGUCAUCCUGGAGCCACAGUGGGUGCCGUAGAGAAGGAAUACCGGUCUGAGGUCUCAGACCUCAUUGCUGAACUUGCGUCAGCAGCUGCUGCUGAAAAGGGCUUUGUUUUUGAAGAAGGAAUAGAAGAGAGAUUAUGUGCUUAUUCACGUGCUGUUGCACACUUCCCCACUGCAGUGAAAGAGUUUAAAUGGAGAAAUGGGUGGUUCUAUUCACUCUCCGAGAAGGCAAUAUCUGAAGGCAAACCAGAUCCCUGCCCCCUUCACACAGCAUGGCUAAAAGAAUUGAAUAUUGUGAAGUAGACUCGACAUGCAAGAUUUAAAAGAGUAUGUGAAAGACCAGACUUCCUUAUGUCAAUCUCUAUUGUAGUUACAAUCCAAACCUAAUAAAGAAUUGACCACUUUUUUUUGCUUAUA